UCUGUGACAUUGACCAAUAAAAAUACUCUGCGCGACUAUCGAAAUACUUGCCCCCCAAAAAUACUCGAUACAUCGAUAAUAAUGGGGGGCCCCUAACAACAUCUCCAAUUCGUUUUCUGGCCAGAAUUCUGCAAUGGAUUCGGACAGCACCGUCACUUCCUUGGAGGAGAACACGGAGAACUUCUGCACGAAUCCCACGCGCGACAUCCUCGCCGAGGGCAUCACCAACCUCUUCAAGCCGACCAUCGAAAGGUUGGACGAGCGUGUGGCCUCCACCAUCCAGUUACAGGCGGAGCUUCGUGGCCAACUGGACGCACUGGCCGCCCAGCUCAGGGACAUCGAAAAAGCGCAGAGUCAGAUACCCGAGUUCGCGGACAAGGUGAAGGAGCUGCUGAACGUGAAGCACAAGGUGACGGUCAUCAGCAACGUGUUGGUAACCAGCCAGGAGCGGCUUACGGGUCUGCACAAGCUGAUAGAGAAGGAGCAGCGACGGCGACAGGCGCUCCUGGACUCCGCUCUCAGCACCAACAUAUCUUAA